UUUCAGAAUUCAUUUCUGAAAGUAUUAAUGUUGUGAAUUGGCUAUAUGUCUUUCUAUUUUAACUACCCUUAUCCAAUCCGAAUCACUGUCUGUGAAUAACUAACUGCCUACCUUUGCUUUCCUGAACAGUGUUGCUGGUACUGUUAGUGCUACAGCUUGCUGCAGGGGGGACUUCAACUUGUCUUUCAUUCUCUGUUGCAUUUUUGAAAAGCUUCACUAAACUGCUCUGCAUUUUUCUUCCCACAGGUGUCUACUGACUGUAAAUAAAGAGACAAUGUCAACAAAGAGAGCAGUCUUUAAACGACCAGGACUGUCCUGGGGCAACAGUGAUGCACCUGGCCACUCGGUUUGGUCACACAGAGCUGAUGCAGUGGAUGGUCCAGGUAGGCAGGAGAGCGGGGAUGGAGACGGACGGCACUGCCAGCUCACUACGCCACCGCUAAGGGGGACCUCACCUGCCUCAAACUCCUAGUCGUAGUCAUGAGCCAGGGUACAGAGUCCUAUACUAUCUGCAGGACCAUGACACUGUUGUCUCCCCAGUGCUGCCAGACUCUGGUGAUCAGCCAAGUGGAUCCACGAUUCCAAGACAGAGACGGCUACACGGCCGGGGAUCUGGCUGCAUACAACAGGCACUAUGAGUGUGCCAGGUUCCUGAAGGCAGUGCAGGAGUCAAAGCAGCCCUUGGUCAGCCCCCCACUGGACAUGCCUCCACUUCCUCCAGCACCACCUUUACCUCCAACCAAAAACUCAGGGGCCCAGAAAGCACCAACACACAGAUGGGAUGAGACAUCUACAGAGAUUAAAUCUUUCAACAUGACGCUGCCCAGUAACGACAACAAAUGUCUGUUUGAUGAAAUGAAGACGACAAAAACAUUGAAGCAAGGGAUCACAACAGUGUUCACAGGGCAGAAGGCAGAUUCCACAGGGAAUGGGACAGUGGCUUUGUCUGCUGAGGAUGUGAACGUGGUGGAUAUCGAUUCUUUAGUCCCCACCCAUGAUGAGAAGGGACGCCCAAUCGCGGAGUGGAAACGUCAGGUGAUGGUGCACAAACUGCAGGCCUGGCUUCAAGAUGAGGAGGAGCAGAGGAGAAAGAAACACGGAAACAAAUAUCUUCAAAUGGAAGGCUGGAGGUAUUCCCAAGCUCACAAUGCAAUCCUGGGUCCUUUCGGAGAGUUGUUGACUGAAGAUGAUCUCAUCUAUUUAGAAAAACAGAUGAAGAAGAAAUGUCAGGCUUAUGAGUGUGAGCUGGCCAGGUUGGCCGAAGAGCUAAAAACCAUUAUGCCUGCCCCCAUCAGCAAUAUAACGGUCAACACACAGUUCAUGCAUCAGAACGCAGGAAAGAAUGGACACAUCCCGCUGCCUGUGUGGUGCAACCGGAUAUCUUGCAUUGUGAAGAGUGUGUCCCUGCUUCUGGCCAAUCUUAAUGACAAACAGCAGGGGAACUCAGAAAACAAGGAGUUCUCAAAGAUGCCCAACACUGAACUUGCUACUGUCUUCUCUGAGAGGUCAGAGAGGAAAAACUCUACCCAUGGGACCAAGGAAAAGGUUGAGCUAGAGAUCCGGCAGUUUGGAGUGUCUGUCAGGAACUUGCGGUCCAACUUUGAGAGCCAAAGUCCCACAAAGGAGAGGACCUCUCCAUUUGACAAAGACAGCAAAGAGGAUAUUAUAGAAGAAUAUAGACCGGAAAGUCCCACAGUGGCAUCUGAAGCUGAAACUCACAUCACAGGUACCAUAGAUCAACCAAAUCAGACUGGUGAGGAAGACCAAUCCUAUCUGUCACAGCCUGAUGAUACCAGUGAGUCUGGAAUUGGCUCUGAGGAAGCACCUACUGAGGUUCCGGAAUCAACUAGCCUGAGGAAAGAACGCAUUGUGGUCUUAUUCCUCAGUCACUGGAAGAAGUCAGCAUACACCAUGACCUUGAAGAUAAAGGAGCUUAAGAGGAAGAAGAGCCUUGCAGGGCAGACAUGCAAGGAGCAGGUAGAGGAGAAAGGUGAGGAGGAAUCUGGACAGUCCAAGAGGAACAUGGAGAAUGGCAAACUAGGCCACUUCUUCCAGCAGAGAAGUGCUAUCAACAAAAUGAUUGGAAAAUGGAGGAACAUUAUCUCUCAUGUCCCCUCACGACAGAUAGGGUGCUUGAACCGACAGCCGAUUACAUACUCACCAGAGCAGUUCCUGCCUCGUGUGAACGGGGCUUCCCUUGACUACCACAGUCUGACCCUUGACCUAUUUAUGCUGGGCUACUUUCACAUACUAGAGCUAGAGCUUCCACCUGAUGAGAGGAAGAUGAGACACCUGCUCUGCUUUGAGGUCUUUGACCACCAGGGCAAGUUCAACUGGGAGACUGUCCGCAACUUUCACAAGGCGGUCAUCGAGGAGAUUGAUGCAGGCAGCCGGGAGUGGAAAGAUGGCUUUGAGGACAUCAAACUUAAGUUCUUUGGGAACGUGCAAAAUCAGCCGCCAGAGGCAACAGACUCUGCCAAGCAGCCCAUCGCCACAGUGAGACAGGUGCCCAGAGUCAUUGUUCAAAGUGCCACUCCAGAUGAGAAAGAGGACCUGAUAAGGAAGAGUGGCUCCAAUCUCAGCAGCUUCAGCAAUGAUGAGAUCAGCAAGUACAUCGACCGCAGCUUUUCCUUCUGGAAGGAGAAAGAGGCAGAAAUCUUUAACUUUGCAGAAUAGGUGCUGCCACCACUUUUUUCUUGUUGUAUUGCUAAUAGGUCAAUAGCUUAAUUAAAGGACUGUACAGUAUGUUAUCCUGUUAGUUGAGAGUCAUGGAUUUUAAAUUGUUAUUUGAAAAAGAUAGAGCAAUCACACACAAACAUAGACUGCAAUUUGACAUUGAGGAAACUGCAUUAUUUAUUGGUAAAGCAUCUUGCUUGACAGAUAUCUGUGUGUUUUUUUCUUUAUUCUUCUGAGAAAUAAUUUGAUUUACAGGGUCCUCUUAUUUGGUGCUUUAGCCAUUUCUAUAUGAUGUACUGAUGUUAACUGUAAGUAGUUAGCUUUGUUAGCAGAACUGUAUUGCUUUGUGUAUCUAAUACAAUACCUUUUUAAAAAGUCAUUCACAGGAGCAGCGGCAUCAGUAAGUAAUUGACAGAUUUAUGGGAGUUACAAAUGUCCUCACUGGGUUGAAAACCAUUUCUCUCAUGAUAGCCCUUUCACUGCCAUUUAUCUAUAGCACACUUCAUUCCUAUCUUGCAGUAGGAAUUUCUGUCUGCAUCCAAUAGGUCUAGACUUAUCCCAACAUGCCACAUUAGUUAAUGCUAAAUAUUUAAUUUAUUAUUUUCACAGGUUACAGAUCAAAACAGAAAAUAAUGUACACUACUUGGAACAACUAGCCUUUGGGUUGAACUCCUCCCCCUAUACAAGUGGAAGCCCUGCUUCUUCACGAAGUGCUGAUUAAACUAGCUUACAAAUUAAUACGUUAAAGUACAUUUGCCAGUUUCUUAUGAUACUGUAGUCUUGUGGACACUUCCCACCAAAAAUCACUGAGCUAAGAAACUUGUGUAAUAACAAGAAGAGUUAACUGCAUUUAAA